UAUAUUACAAUAAUAUAUUUCACAAAUUUAUUUCUAUUGAUUGUAUAGUUAACAAAUUUGAUAAUGUAUCAAUGAAAAUGCAGCAAAAAGAAAAAUGUCGGUAAUAACAACAAUAGCAUGUUGAGGAAGCGGAAGUAAAGAUUUUGUAAUUACGAUAGUAUACUCCAUUCCUUUCUGAAAAUGAUUUGAAUUGAUAUAAAUUGUUCAUUUUUACUGGAUUUUCUUUACAAAUAUCAUGGCAUUAUUUUUCAAUUCCAUUAAAUAUUUUAGAUGUCUUAAAAAUAUUUCUAAACGUAUUCAAAUCGAUAACAGUUAUAAAAAUUUUUUAUGUUUGGAACAUAAAGAAUUAACCUUACAAGAAAGAAAUUUAGCGAAUCAACAAACUAAAUUAUCGGACAUUGAUAAUAUAAUAAAAAAGAUAGAUAACAAAUACCAACAUGAAAUUUUAAUAGAUAAACAUUUGAUAGAAGAUAUCAUAAAUUGUAUUCAAAUAGAAGGAAAACUUGAAUCUUCACAGGCUCUUUUAACUCUUCGUUGUUGUAAUGUCUUGAUACAAUGUACACAAGAGCAAAGGAUAAAGUUUGCAAAUACCUUGUGGAAGUUAUGCAAUAUUUAUAAUGUCCCAAUGGAUAUAACUCUUUAUAAUGCGCUAUUACAAGUUUAUAUUGAAAAUAAUUAUACAUUUUCUCCAUUGAAUAUUUUAUCUGAUAUGAAGAAACAAUCUAUUCAACCAAAUAAAGUUACAUACAUGAAACUUUUAGAGUAUUUUUGUAAAAAUGGAAAUAUAACAAAAGCGAUAAUUGUAUGUCAAUGUCUGAAGGAUGAAAAAUUACCUUUAGAUAUAGAUAUCUUUAAUUUAUUAAUAAUAGGAUAUUCUCAAAUUGGCGAUCUAAAUAGUGCAAUAAAUGUUCUUGAUGUCAUACGAAAGAUUAAUCUACUUCCUUCAAAUGAGACUUAUACUGCACUUAUGUGUGCUUUUGCAAAAUUCAAUGACAUCGUAAGCAUACGAGAAAUACUAUCUAAAUGUCAAAAGAAAAAUGUAAAUUUUACAAAUGAAAAUAUAUUAGAUGUGAUAUAUACAUUGAUAGUUAACAGAAAUGUAGAUCAUGUAGAUGAGAUGCUCUGGAUACUGAAAAAACCAUACUGUACGGAAGGAAUACAUUUUUUCGGAAAGAUUAUUGAUAUAAAACAAGAAGAUAUAGCUAUAAAAAUACUUUUUUAUAUGUACCCUUAUAUAAAAAAUAAUUUCUGCAGGAAUGAAUAUGAAAGUUUCUUCAUAAAUAAAUUUAUAUGCAGUAACGUGAUUCCUGAAAAAAUAAUAGAUAUAUGUUCACAUUUUUACAUGAAAUUUGGUAAUACCAAAAUAUUUACAGAAGCAAUUUAUAUUUCUUUUAAACAUGAUAAUGACCUUCUAACUUUAAGAUUAUUGAAAGAAUGGAAAAACAAUGGUCAUAAACUUAGGCCGCAUUAUUUUUGGCCAUUUUUAGUUAAAGCUCAAAAUAAUCAUGAUAUUAAAGGUCUUCUGAAAUACAUAAAGGAUAUGAUAAGUGUAUAUGACGUUGAACCUUGUAUAAAUACAAUUGCAAAUUUUAUUAUACCUAAUUUAUUAGGCGUUGAUUCCUCUUCUAGUUCCUUAUUAAAGGAAUACGGCAUACCAGAGGAAACAGCAAGAAAUGCUACAGUUUAUUAUUUGUUACAGAAUAACAAAACAAGAUCUUCUUACAUGUAUGUUUUAAAAUAUCCAGUUUAUUAUAGUGAUUUCAUAUUGGGAAAUUCACUCAGGCAAGCAUUAUUUAACACAUAUGAUAUUGAUUCCUAUUUGGAAAUUGUAAGGCAUUUGUAUAUAGAAACGAACACUGGACAGAAAGAGAAAGUUUCUUUGAUUGAUAAAAUAUAUGAUAUUAUGGAUUUCUUACAUAAAAAUCCUACAUGCAUUUCAAAGAUAUUGCAAUAUUUAUCGAAAAACAAAUUACAAUUUUCCAAUGAUUUUUACCAUGUUUUGCUUGAUUAUCAAAAUAAAAAUUUAAUGAAGGAGGAAAUGGAACUAUUAAAAAGUAUAAAUGAGGAUUCUUCGAUGACAAGUAUAACACAAAUGGAAAACGAACAAUCACAAACGAAAAAUUCGAUGUCAAAACAAUUGCAUUCUUUUACUUCUUGUGACCCUACAAUGCUAUUCAAACUCUUCUUGCGAUCAAAAAGUUGGAGUACUUCUAUUCCACACGAAAUAUAUAUCUUUGUAACAGACCAGUUGUUAAAACGAUAUACAAACGAGGAAAGUAAAAUGAUUCUAAAAAAAUUAAUAAAUGAAUAUCGUAUUUGUGCUACCUGCAAAUUAUCUUUAACUUAUGCACAGAAUUUAAUAUCAUUAGGCAAUUUAGAUGAUGCAGCAGAAAUAAUUGAGUAUACUGGUAAAGAAAUAAAAAUCAGAAGCAAGAUAAUAGACGAUUAUACUAAAUCGUUGUUGAAUGAAGCUGCUUUAAUGGGCAAUGAUAGAAUAUUAAAAAGAUUUUAUGACAUACUCCUAAAUAUACAUUAUGUGAAAUUAUCACAGAAUUAUUUAGAUCCACUUGUCAUAAUUCAUAUUAAACAGGGUAAUAUAAUUAAAGCUUUGGAAGUUGCUGAAACGUUGAGUGAAAAAUAUAAACAUAUACCUGCAUUAAGAGAAUUAAUUGAAUCAGUAGUCUUAACAAAAGAUGUGGAAUUAUUGCAACAUUUUAUAAAUGUUGCUACAAAAAAUUAUAAUGAACAAUAUAUUUUAAUGGAGUUAAUGCUAUGCUUUCUGAAGAAUGAUUACGAAGAGGAAGCUAAAAAAAUAAUAAAAAUUUUUUGUACAUCCAAUUAUAAAUUUACAAUUAUAAAGGAAAGCUUACAGAAUUCUUUGGAAGAAAGGAAUAUCAAAAUAUUGGAUAAAUUACUUGACUUGUCAGUUGACUAUCCUGAUACAGACAGAUUUGUUAUAUACGAGUAUCUAGUCACAAUUUAUGCUGCAAAAGGAGAUUACAAAUGUGGAUUAAAUUUAUGGAGAAGAAUGCAGAAAGAGAAAGUAUCACCGACUGAUAAUUCAAUUAUAUAUUUUAAUAAGCUAUUUAGAGAAAAUAACAUAAAUUUACUGUCUAUUUCCAAUUCAAAUUGAUUUAAUGAAUAU